AUGACUGAAGAUGAGAUUUCAACGCUAAAUAUAGAUAAAACACAAGAAAUAGAAGUAUAUAUCGAGAAAAAGAGCCAAUUACAACAAACUUAUAAAAAACUUCGUCUAAAAUUACUUGAAUUACGAAAAUCUCAGAAUCAAUAUCUUCAAUACUUCACAAAAAUCGUAAACGACUGCUAUGGUGAGAAAGUUGAUGUUCCAAAAGAUGAACCAAUUAUACCUCCUUCUCCGUCAGUAAAGAUGCCAAUGAUGCAAGAAGAUUUUUUCCGAAUUUUAAGAAUAGCAGGUGUUACAGACUUAGAUUUAUAUUUAAAUGAGUCAUCAGUUGUUGAAUCUCAAAUUUUUUGUAAAAAUACGAUAUUUGAUGAUGCAACAGAAAAAGCAAUCUCAUUAACACAACCAGCAUUGCGUAUUACAUUAUUAGAUGAUAUAAUGAACCAUAUUGCAGGUUGUAAAUCAUAUUUGGAUAAACUUGUCCCACUAUUUCACUCAAUUACAACAAAUCCUCUUCUUGAAGAUAAUCUGAUCAAAUCAGGAAGUCGAAAAUCAAAACUAUAUGAAUAUUAUUUCAAUACACUAGAAGAAUUCGCAAAAUUAUUAGAAGUUGACGAAUGUAAAAUUGUUUUUAAAGUUCCAAACACAGAUGAGUUGAUUUAUCCAACAGAAGAAUUCAUGCACGUACUACCUCUAUCUAAAACAUUAUCAGGAUAUUUAUAUUCUCAAGUACAAUUAACUCAAAUUAACAAUCCACUUGAUGACAUUAAUUACGACACAUCCAGAGAGAAUUGCAUAUUCACAUCAAACAAAUCCGUUCUUUGUGCCGCUUUUUCAAUUACUUUGGGUGGAAUUGGAGGUUUAAUUUUGUUAUUUAAUAAAUCUUUCACUCCGUUAGACAAAUCCAGACUAUCAUUGUUAUCAUCAUAUGUUGCUCCUUUGUUAUUUGUCUUGAGAUCAGUGUUUAUUCAAGUCGCUCCUCGUCAUUUCAGAAUGAUCGGAAAUGUUAUUUCAAAAUUCAGAACAGAAAAGAACGCUUUGGAAUCUUUUCAACAACAAUUUUGUUUUAUCGCUAGUGCUGAACGUUGCAGGGUUCUUUUGGCGAAAUCAGAUCCGAAUGAGCCCGAAAUUCCUGUUUUACAAGAAGGGCCAAGCUUGAUUCGCAAAUCCAUCGGGUUCCAAAGUGUUUCUACAUACACUUCUCCAAGAAGCCACAAAGAUUUCAACAUGGCAAUUGAUAAUGACCAAACAUUAAGUAGAAUCACUUCAAUGAUGGUUUUGAAGGUCGAAAACACGAAUUUUGUUAUUGUUUUGUAUAAUUCUUUGGUCUCCACUAACUUCUCGCAAGUACAAUCUACACUUGCGACAUUGUUCUCCAUGUCUUUGCCUCCAAUUCUUCACCAGAUAAAACUAAUCAAAGAAAUUGAGAAAUUUAACAAUCAAAAUAAAAUUAAACAAGAAAAAACUGACAAUAUCAUCUCAGUUUUCGGGAAACUCGUGAAGAUAGUUAAAGAAGGUGGAGAUAUAAGUGAUGUAUUACCUGAAAACACUAACUUGAAAGUAGGAAGAUUUAAUGAAUACAAAGAAUUAUAUGAUGUUUUUGAUGGAGAAAAAAUCGAAAUUGAAUUCGGCCAAGAAAAAAGUUUUAUUGACAAAAAUGGAAAAUUCGUGGUUACUGAUAAUAAUUUUGUUUGUGUAUAUGAGAAUUUCAAGAAUGAUGAAGACAGCAAAGCCCUUUUAGUUCAUUUAUCUCAUAUGAUUUUCAUUGUUAUUCCAACAGUUUUAAUCAAAAAUGUUUUGGCUCAAAUUUCGGAAGCAAACAAAGAUCUUUGUGAACUGAUUUGUGGUAAUUUCAGGACAUUAUCUAAUAUUAUUGGCUGUGAUGUCCAAUUCGUUACUUAUGAAUAUCCUCCUGCUUCUGCUCCUGAAGGAAGAAAAUACCAAAAAUUAAUAACUUCAUCUCGAGGAAUUGAAGCUGAGAUUUAUUCAGAGGAAGAAUUGGAUGAUGAACAGAAAGGUUUAUUGGAUAUAUUUGCUGAUUGGAUACAAGAAACAAUUGUCAUAUCAAAGAAACCGAACACAACAAAAAUUAUAGAGUUUUUGGUUGAUUCUGGUUUCACUCAUACUUUUGAUUGUUCAUUUGAAGAUGUAAAUCGAUGGGUGAACACGAUUUCGUCUUUCUUCUUGGCUUAUGAUAUCAAUUUCGAGUCAAGGAUAGAAGCUCUUGAUGUAGCUCAUGAGUUGUUAACAAACCAAGCUUGGCAAGCAUGGUUUUCUUCUGAGAAUAGAUUGAUUAUUUAUAUUUUGAUUUUGUUGUCAGAUUUGGAAACUGUUUUUCGAUUUGUUUCUGAUGAAGAAACGAACAAGUUGUUUGAAGGUAAUAAGAAAUGCUCUCAUCCUAUUAUUGCUGCUGUUUUUGGAACUAAUUUCGGUGUCGGCGCGAAUAUGGACUAUGAAAAGAAAAAAUCAAUUUGCAAGAAAUUUAGUGAUUAUACUUUAAUGCAAACUGUCACUGAACAAUCUGCUAUUUAUGGUCAUUUAAGAGGCUUCUCUGGUGGUGCAUUCAAGAAUCCACAAGAAGGAGAUCUUUGGCUUGCAAAAGGUGUUCAAAUGGUCAUAAAAUUGUAUCCAUUGAAAUGUCCUCCAAAUGAAGCUCUUCAGAAAGCAAAAGAUGCUCUUGGCGAAGAAAAGGUCAAGCAGUUGAUAUAUUUAGCUGAUAGAUUAUACAUCCCGAUACUGACAAUGAUGUGCCAGAAAAAUGAAGUCGCUGCAGAAUUCUUAAACGCAGCAAGAACUUCUCUGAGAGAAAUCAAAAAUGCUAAAUAA